AUGGUUAAUGGGGAGGGCCUUAUUACUGAGGUCUUAGCGAACAAAAUUCAGGGAGCCUUGUUCAGUAUGGGGGAUGAUAAAGCCCCUAGUCCAAACGUAUUUACUGUUAAAUUCUUCAAGAUGGCUUGGGAGAUUGUGGGGCCUGUUGUGGUGGAGGUUGUCAGGAGCUUUUUCUCCUCAAGCCAUCUUUUAGGGCAAAUGAAUGCAGCUAUCAUUAGUUUGGUUCCUAAGGCAACAUUCGGUCCUAGGCGUUCGAUUAGGGAUAACGUCUUGCUUGCCCAGGAGCUCAUGUUCCAAUAUCACCUUCACAAGGGGCCUCCUCGAUGUGCGAUGAAAGUGGACCUAGCAAAAGCUUAUGACAGUAUGGAGUGGGACUUUCUCUUGAUUGUCCUUCAUCUUAUGACUUUCCCUCCACAGUUUUGUAGCUGGAUUUGCGAGUGUGUUACUACUCCUCGUUACUCCAUUAAAAUCAAUGGGCAGUUAAACGGUUUCUUCCCUGAGGGUUGGGGCCUUAGGAAAAGGGACCCUCUAUCUCCUUAUCUCUUUGUCCUUGUGAUACAGAUCUUGCAUGGCAUUGUUAGCCAUCAGACAAGAGAUGAGUCCUUGAGGGAGAAUAUUUUGACUGUUGCAGGAUUCCAAAGAGGCGUGUUGCCUAUGCAAUACUUGGGGAUGCCUCUUCUUUCCACCAAGUUAUCAUAUGGGGAUUGUCAGCCUAUCAUUGAUAAGGCCUUUGUGUUUAUUUUAUCGAAACGGGUGGUCCAUGAGAUUGAGCAAUUAAUUCGUAAUUUCUUGUGGAGUGAUGAUAGUGCUGACCCCCAUAGAGCUAAAGUGGCUUGGCAAGAGAUUUGUUGCCCCAAGGUGCAAGGGAGUCUGGGUCUCAAGCCUCUCUAUGCCUGGAAUCAAGCCCUUGUCACCAAGCUAAUAUGGCGUUUGCUCUCAGGCAAUGGGGAGUCUCUCUAG